ACCCUAGUUGAACCAUUACACAAAAAAACCAAACACUACAAUGUGGAACAAGGGGUGUGUGUUGGUGGCGGUGACGGUGAUGUGGAUGGUGGCAUGUGGUGGCGUAGGGGCGGGUGAAGAGUCGUUAGCGCAACAAUGUUCGACGAAGGUGACCGCGGUGAUGACAUGUGUGGAUUUUGCGACGGGGAAGGAACCGGCGCCACAAAAGAAGUGUUGUGAUUCGGUGAAGGAGAUGAAAGAUAGUAAUCCGGCGUGUUUGUGUUUUAUCAUACAACAGAUUCAUAACGGUACGAAUCCGAUGUUGAAGAAGAUGAACAUUCAAGAGAGUCGACUGCUUCAGUUGUCGUCGGCUUGUAAGAUCGCUAACGCAAGCAUCAGUGAUUGCCCAAAGCUGUUGAAGUUACCGUUAGAUUCACCUGAUGCUGCCAUAUUCACUAACAAUGCUACGAUCGUUCCUCCAACAUCUAGUGGAACGCCAUCAUCAACGUCUACAACAACUUCUCCGUUGGGAUCUCACGCGCUCAAGCACAAUGCACCGGGGAUUCUACGAUCUGUUUGGAUUCCUUUGGCAUUCUUGUUAGUAGCGUCUUCAAACAUGUUCUAUGUCUAGAUAUCAGUUAGAAAGUUGGGUCAUAAAGAUGAUUUAAUUCUCUCUAGACUAUGGUUUUUGUGUGGCACAUUGAUGGUAUGUUGUGCAUGCUGGUUUGUUGUUAUGACUUUACACUUGCUUGGUAUUUAUUUAUGUUUUGUUUGAGACCA